CACCUCCUGUCUGCUAUCCGAUCCUUACUCGGUCUAUUCGCUGACUCAGUGCCUUAAACAGCAUCACCGCUCACCAGAACAGCUCUACAGCAUCCUCUGCGGAGAAAUACAUUAGCCAUGGCCAAAACAGCAACCGCAUACAAAGAGAAGAUGAAGGAGUUGUCUGUCCUCUCCCUUAUCUGCUCCUGCUUCUACCCAGAGCCACGCAACAAGCUUGUGUGCGAGUUUGAAGACAUGGAGGUGAAACCUAUAAACAAGCGGGCCUCGGGACAGGCCUUUGAGGUGAUUCUCAAGCCUUUGUCUCCAGUGUCAGAUGUGGCCCACAACCUUCCCUCACCCCCAAAGAGGGAUAUCUCCUUGGAGGACAUUGAGAAGAAGCUAGAGGCAGCUGAAGAUCGGAGGAAGUACCAAGAGGCCCAGGUGCUGAGGGCUUUGGCAGAAAAGCGAGUACACGAGAGGGAUGUGUUGCUAAAGGCCAUGGAAGAGAACAGUAAUUUCAGCAAGAUGGCUGAGGAGAAGCUCCAGAUGAAGAUGGAGCAGAUCAAGGAGAACCGUGACGCCCAUCUGGCAGCCAUGAUGGAGCGUCUACAAGAGAAGGAGAGACACGGAGCUGUGGUGCGCAGAAACAAAGAGCUGAGGGACGAGCUGACAGCAUGAGCCUCACACAAGUCCAGACUUCCUUGAUCCAUCCAUCCACCCAGUCCUGUCCCCUUCCACAGUAGAGCCUUCACCCUCUUCGUAACAGACACUCAACCCUGGAGGCUGAGAGGUUCAAGAACCUCACCACUAUAUCACAACACACCACGCCACCAGUAGUCACUAUUAUCAGUAUUAUCAGUGGAUACAAACAUGAAUAACACUCAUCUUGAGAAUUGAAUGGAUUUGUUGAUUUAAAAGUAAAUGAAAGAAUAUGGCUUUUCUUGGCUUUUAUUUUGUCAGUACUUUUUUCUAUCUAUCUAUCUAUCUAUCUAUCUAUCUAUCUAUCUAUCUAUCUAUCUAUCUAUCUAUCUAUCUAUCUAUCUAUCUAUCUAUCUAUCUAUCUAUCUAUCUAUCUAUCUAUCUAUCUAUCUAUCUAUCUAUCUAUCAUUUUCUUUGUCUUUGAUUAAUGUUUAAUUCUUGAAGUUUGACUACCAUCAUUUUCUUGUGGAAGCCCUCAGUGGUGUGAGUUGGCUGUAGACAGGUAUUUGCAUUGUUUCCCAAUGAUGUCCUGAUAAUGAUGUUUCUGUGUCUUUUGUGAAGAAUGAUGGUUGGUGUUUCCAGAUUACAGACUCGGCAAGAUAUCAACGUAUCUCAUCUGUAUCCCUCUCACACGCACCUACUCAUUCUCAACAUGCACACUUGGAACUUAACAAUAAUCUAAACCCCACAGAUACAUAAAAGUCCACUUCCUCUGAAAUGAGCUUGAUAGGUGCUUUAUUGUUAUUAAGAAUGUCUAUGCCCAGUGGAAGCAACUGUUUAUACACUUGCAGAUUACCACUUACCCUGACAACGCCAUUUUUCGACAAAUCCAUCUUUACCCAAAUGAAUAGCUCUGUUAAGAACAUGGUACUGGGGAUAAAUCUUAUGAAGUUGUGAAUGUUAUGACACCAUACUGGUAUCAUGGAUAGUGUCUUGGACAGUAGAAUGUGCUGUUGCUCCCAUCUUGAUAUUGAUAGUGUGAACAUAAUGUAUGUCUGUGUGGGUGUGUGUGAAUGCAGAUUUAACUUGAGGCAUCAUCAGCAUCUUCUCUUAUUUAGGGGGUUAGAUAGAGAAUGGAUGCAGGAUGCUUUACAUUCAGCACACUAAACUAGUCUCUUUUUAAUAUACAGUCCCACUGAUAUCUGCCUGCAUCUUCUGCUUCUCGUUUUUCUCCCUUCAUAUAUUUCUCUGUGAAAGCUUUGCUGAAUAAAAGUUUGGGGUUCUGUGAACAUGGCAUGCACCAUCUAAAACUUUUCUGUAAACUGCCAAAUAAAAGAACCAGUUAUCUACACAU